CCGGAACUACGUUCUAGCAUUUACAGCUUACAGCUUUUAUAGACUGUCUAUGCUUACAGACUGCUUACAGACAGCAGUUGCGCUCCUUAUGAAAGACUGACGUUAGCAGCGCAUGACUAGCUAGUAGUUUAUUAAACCUCUAGGGACUGUGUCAUAUACUUACGUUAGCUAACAUUCGCAUCUUCAAACAAAUGAGAAACAUGAGCGCCUGUGUGGACAUAGCCUAACGUUAGCUUAGAUAGUGUUAGCUAGCUGUCACAGCUUUGUGGCCCCUGUCUGACACGCCAUCAUCAUCCUGAUCACCACCGGGGACAUCCUGCUGCCUGCGGACAGGUCUUGCAUGAGGUUGCCGUUUGAUCACUGAAGCAAUGGCCAGUCCUAAUGAUCUACAAUUCCAAGAGUUUGAGGAAGCGGCGGAGCUGUUGUCUGCGGACCCGGGGGCCUCCACGCUCAGCAUGUCUGCCUCAAACACCAGCACUCCAGCAGCAGCAACGGUAGGAGGGGAGGAUGUGAAACUAGACCUCUCGGAGGAUGAGGAGGGCCGGGAGGAGAGCUCAGAGCUAUUAGGAGGACAGAAACCAAGUGGUGGCUUCUGGACCUUUGAGUACUAUCAGUCCUUCUUCAACGUGGACACAGUGCAGGUUCUGGACAGAGUUAAGGGCUCAGUGAUGCCAUUACCUGGAAGAAACUUUGUCAAACACCACCUUAGGAGUAACCCAGAUCUGUAUGGUCCAUUCUGGAUCUGUGUGACUCUGGUGUUCUCGGUAGCGAUCAGCGGGAACUUGUCCACCUUCCUCAGCGAGCUGGGAAACCCCUCGUACCACUACAGACCACAGUUCCACAGAGUGACCAUAGCUGCAGUAGUGAUCUUCAUGUACGCCUGGCUGGUGCCGAUCGGCGUCUGGGGUUUCCUGACCUGGCGGCAAGGGGCCGAGAGGCAGAUCGGAGGCUAUUCCUUCCUGGAGACGGUGUGUGUCUACGGCUACUCCCUCUCCAUCUAUAUCCCCACCUCGGUUCUCUGGAUCAUUCCAUUUGAGUGGUUGCGCUGGACACUGAUCCUGGUUGCCAUGGUGAUCUCCGGCUCCGUCCUGGUCCUCACCUUUUGGCCUGUUGUCCGGGAGGACACCAAGGCGAUGGCGGUGGCGACAGUUGUGACCAUCUUGGUUCUGCACACGCUGCUGGCCGUCGGCUGCAAGAUGUACUUCUUCCAGAUGGCGGUCCAUGUACCGACAACGGCCCCUACAAGCCACCCGGUUCCCAUAACCAUGGCCACCAAAGCCUACUGACCAAUAGGAAGGAGGAGAGAGAGGAAAUGAAGGAUGUCUCUGUCGUGUUAGGAAUCACACGCAGAUAUUAAACCAUGUAUAGACAGGCGGGCGGGUUUAGGCAAUGUUGAUUAUUGCCAUUGUGUCAUCUGUUCAAUUCUCUGUGUGUGAUGAAAGCGCUGGGAUGGCUGCGUGUCAUCGUUUGUCCAAUGGAUCCUGAGGUGGUUCUACUCCGACCGAACUAGCACUUAGUCCACUGCAAUAAUUGUACAUUUCUACUGUGAUGUUUCAGGUAGUGGUGCAUCUCAUCAGUCUAGCAUGGCUUCCUUAACGCUGCGAUUCCCCCGUGAAGAUUCAAACGCGAGUUUAAAAGAGACGUACUCAUCCCUUCUAAACUGAAUACAAUCCCGAAACUAACCGCUACCGAUCGUUCCUUCUUAGGGGGUAUCAGAUGGACAACACUUGUAGAAAAGAGUUACACCAGGCUGUGGCAUCGAGUCAGCACUUGUUAAUUGGAUAAAUUCAUCAUUUGUUUGCAACAAAAGGUGCUUCUCCGAGAAAGUGAUGACAAAGCAGUUUGUGAAAUUGUGCCCCCCUCUCUAAAGUUGUUUAAACUUACAUUUGUGAGGGCGGUAAAACUAGGGGCUGCCGCCAUGAUUAUUUUUGCUUAAAUGAAGCUGAUGAUUAUUUUUUGUUAUCGUUUAGUUCAUAAAGGAACAGAAAAAAAACUGUCUUAACCCUUGUGUUGACUCUGGGUCAAAUUGACCCGUUUUCAACUUUUGUUUUAUAUCAGA